AAUAGGCUCGUGGUUUGCGUCGCUGCGCGAUCGUACGGUGGCCACAGAGGUCAUUUCCAAUCAUUCCACUGCUGUGGUGUCGGUUGCUGGUCUGGAGAAGUUCCAAAAUGCAGCCAGUGGAAUCCAUCCUACACAGUGGCUAUUUCCACCCCACCCUCAGAUACUGGCAGUCCUCUGCUUCGGACCUGAGGCCAGAAAACCUCAUUUACCCCAUUUUCAUCACGGACAGUCCUGAUGCUGUGGAGCCCAUUGCCAGUCUCCCCGGGCAGGCUAGAUAUGGAGUGAACAAAAUGGAGGACAUGUUGCGCCCCCUUGUGGAUAAAGGCCUGAAGUGUGUUCUGAUUUUUGGUGUUCCUGCUAAAAUUCCUAAGGAUGAGCGCGGAUCUGCCGCAGACGCAGACGACACGCCAGCCGUCUUGGCUGUAAAGAAGCUGAGGUCCACCUUCCCAGACCUGCUGAUCGCCUGCGAUGUCUGCCUGUGCCCAUAUACCUCCCAUGGCCACUGCGGGAUUUUGCGUGAGGACGGCUCUUUGGACAAUGUGGCGAGCUGCAUGCGUCUGGCAGAAGUUGCCCUAGCCUACGCACGCGCAGGCUGCCAAAUCAUCGCCCCAUCAGACAUGAUGGACGGUCGAGUGGGAGCCAUCAAGCAAGCUCUGAUGCUCAAUGACUUAGGAAACAAGGUAUCUGUGUUAAGCUACAGCGCCAAGUUUGCAUCCUGCUACUACGGUCCCUUCAGGGAUGCCGCCCAAUCAAAGCCGGCGUUUGGAGACCGACGGUGUUACCAGCUGCCACCUGGUGCAAGGGGGCUGGCACUGCGGGCAGUGGACAGGGACGUCAAAGAGGGGGCGGACAUGCUGAUGGUGAAGCCAGGCUUGCCUUAUCUCGACAUUGUGAGGGAGGUAAAGGACAAGCACCCUACCCACCCCCUAGCCGUGUACAAUGUGUCCGGGGAGUUUGCCAUGCUGUGGCAUGCGUCCCAGGCUGGAGCUUUUGACCUUCGCAUGGCUGUGAUGGAGUCCAUGACCGCCUUCCGACGAGCUGGUGCUGAUGUCAUAAUCACCUACUACGUUCCACAGCUGCUCACCUGGCUUAAAGACUAGUUAGUGCAUAAAUAGACAGGUUUGCAAGAACCUUGAACACAUGUUAGUAUUCUGUUCACUAUAGACUCGCACCAGAACAGUGGUCCAUGCAGUCAGACAAUCAAAUAAGCUGUGGCCAUUCCACCACCCCCCCCCCCCCCCCCAAAAAAAACGAAGAAACUCUUCAAGUACUAAACUAAUAUUCCCAGUAUAUAAAAAUUAACUUUUAUGUCUAUCUUUAUCGCUGUUGGAAUUCUUGGGUAUUUUUUUUACUUAAUAGAGGUUCUUUGAAAAGGGCAACGAUGUCGUCUUCCAAAAUUUCAUCCCUGUACCUACAUGUAUGCUAAAGUAUUCAGUUGGCUUUAUGGUUAAUAGUAAAACCACUAACCCCCUCUUGUGAAAGGC